AUGCUCGCCAUACAACCCUCUAAGCCCCAGAAGUGCACUCCAAACCUUCUCCCCGCACGCAUAAACCACAAUGGUCCUAUUCCUUCGACACCACAAUACUGGAAGCCAUCCACAGACGAUAAAGGCACCCAGCACGCCCACUUUCGGGGUCGCCACCUCCAUGGUACUGUAGUCCCUCUCCCAGAAAACUACACCGGCACCAUCCUCGCAGUUACCGAAAAGCAAUUGCCGCAGUCGAGACAACCGGCGCAGUCAGAUGGUGACGAGACGAUGGAGGACAAAGAAGAAGAGAGCAUACCUGUAGAAGUCAAGAUUGCAGAACAAGUGGGGGAAUUUGACGAGGUCGUAGUUUGGGGACAUGGAGGGGAGGUGGACUCUGGACAGGACAUGUUUGUCAAGGGAUUAAAAGAAUGGGUGGGAUUUGCAGAGAGCAUGCAUCUUGACGCGGAUGGCGAGACAGUCACAGAAGCGGAAACCGGGAAAGAAAAAAAGGGUUGA